UGUUCCAGGACUUAAUGCCUAGCCCUACCUGACAGGACUUUCCCUGUGCUUUUAUUCUGCAAGUUAGGAAAGAGGAGGUGAGCAAUUGGAGCUCUCCAACCUGUUGAGGGAUUGGGGGUUCUUGAAGGCCCCCUAGGGCCUGGCUCUGACAAAGCAUCUGCAAUUAAUGAUGCGUCUUGAGCUCUAGAGACAGGAUUUAUGCAUCCAAUAAAGUCUAUAACUCCAGGCUGAAGGGCUGGGGGCCGGAGACUGAGAGCAGGAAGUCGGGGCGGGGCGGGGGGGUGCCAUGGGAGGGGAUCCCAGGUGGCUCUUAAUGGAGCCUUGCAUUUCCACUGCCUGCUCUAGAUUCCCCCUCAGGCUGCUGUGGGGAUAGGGGACAGGCGACAGCAGGUAUAAGAGGUGGAUGUGCCUGUAGGCAGGCAGAUGGCAGCAUGGAUUCCAGGCGGGCGGCAGUGUUGCUGGUGGUGCUGCUGUUAGUGACAGACGGGGGCCUCGCUGAAGGACCAGGGGGCCAGUAUGAAACAGAACAGAUCUUCGAGGAGGAAGACAACGAACCCCACCCACCGCAGGACGCCCAGACCCCGGGGCCACACUUGCGCUCCCUGCCCCAGGCCACGCAGAGACCCGACUGGAGCCCAGCCUUCCUGUUUCAGCCCCAGAGGUUUGGCAGAAACACCCGGGGCUCCUGGAGCAGCGGAAGGCUGAGGCCCCGAGAGGGGGAGGGGCUGAACUCCCUGUUCUGGAGCCUGGCCGCCCCUCAACGCUUUGGGAAGAAACGACAUGUCAUUCCUUGAUAUGUGCCCAUGUGAAGCCCACUCCUCCAGUGCCAUGUGUCCCCCCAAAUAAAGCUG